AUGGCAGUUCAAGAGAUAGUAUCUGAUGCUUUAUAUCAACUUCGAGCUGGUGCUAAUAACGCAAUUAAGACCCUACACAAUCCUAUUCGUCAUCCCAUCCGGUUCAUAUCUGAAAUACUGCAAUGGCAGUUCUUAUUUGUCUUCGGGGUAUUCCAAUGGUUCGCCGACAAGUUAUUCUCUCCAACGCCUCCUGGGCCGAGUACCCGGUUGAGAAGACCAAAAGUCGCUAUAAUCGGAGCUGGUAUUACCGGCGUGACAUCGGCAGCUCAUUGCAUUGGUCACGGAUUUGACGUUGUCAUUUUCGAAGCUGGGGACAAAAACAGCUUAGGGGGUAUAUGGAGCAAAGUCAACAACACAUCCAGUCUACAGAUCCAUUCUUUCAUGUAUCGCUUUCACCCUUCGGUCAAAUGGCAGCAUGGUUAUCCGGAUAGGCAGCAGAUCAUAAGCCAGGUGAAGCAACUAUGGAAGCGAUACGGCUUAGAUACGAAGACGAAAUUCAACACAAACGUCGAGAAGGUGUACCAAGACGAGAAGGGUCGCUGGGUCGUCAACAGUCCGAGCAAUGGUAGAUUCGAAGGUGUCAUUGCGGCCGUAGGCACCUGCGGAGACCCGAAGAUGCCUCGAAUGGAUGGUAUGCAGGACUUCAAGGGAGACAUCUACCACUCGAGCAAAUUAACUGGUGUUGAUGCCAAGGAUAAGACGAUGAUUAUUAUUGGCGGUGGGGCGUCUGCAGUCGAGGCGCUUGAAUAUGCUUCCGAAGAGGGAGCUUCGAAGAUAUACAUCCUCUCACGUAGCGACAAGUGGAUUAUCCCCCGGAACUGGAUGGUAGAUAUUCUCCUUUCUCUAAAUAUCUGGGGCCAGGAGACUUUAUUAUCUGCAAUUCCGGAAGCGCUCCUCAAGAAAUUCUUUUACCGGGAUCUGCAAGACAUAGCACCGGACGACAAGGGCAUAUUUAUGGAUACGCCUAUGGUCAACUCGGACGUUAUGGACAAGCUUCGCUCUGGUAAAGCCGAAUGGAUUCGAUGCGAUAUCGAGAACUUCACCGAAAUGGGCGUUUAUGUCAACAUGAGGGACAAGGGUGUACCGAAAGGAGGCCCAGGUCGAAAGACGGAAAUCCAGGGUGACGUGGUGGUCAUGGCAACUGGAUAUAAGAGGCCAUCAUUGAAUUUCCUCCCUGAUGAAUGCUUCGCUGGAUCGUAUGGGCCGCCGAACUGGUACCUCCAGACUUUCCCUCCUGAACACCCUUCUAUUUCAGCUAUCAAUUGCACCUACUUAUCAGCUAUCGGCACUGUCGGUAAUUGGCAUAUCGGCAUCUAUACGCGGAUCCUUCUCAUGUUCCUCGUUGACCCUCUGACCCGACCGUCUACGUUUUGGAUGGAACGAUGGAUUGACAUGACUAAAAUCCUCAAGGCUACGUCCCCAACUGGCGCCUUCGAUUUCUUCACCUAUCUUGAGCUACUUUGGUGGUUCUUCUUUUGCGUCACCAUCAACCCAUUCCGAUGGAAGUGGGCUACCUUCGUGUUCUUCGGUCUAGGAUUUGCACUACCUAAGCGGGUAGAAAGCUUGAUUCAAAAGUUUUUCCCGCAUCGAGGAAGGUCUCAUUUGUCAUCGGCGAUUUCGGAGGACGUUCCUGAGGUUCGCGAGAUGGACGAGGAGGCGUUCUGGAUGGAUUUCGCUGAAUGGUGCCACAAACCCCCCGAGGUCGCGAAAUUGGGUGCCGGUAGUCCCUCAGAUUCAACCCCCGAUCUGAGCUUCAAUGAGGAUUUUCUUCUCGCAGACCUGGAAAGACAAGUUCGCGAGAAACUCCACAAGAUCAUGGGAGAGCGAAAAACCUCGUGGGACGAGUCUGAUAGUCUUCGCCAAUCGUUAAAAACUCGCGCGCGGCCCGACAAUUGCGACGACCCGGGACGAUCUCCUAUUCGGAUUGUGAGUUAGGUGGAAACUUGAUUCACAGUGUAAUACAAUUCAUAGUGUUCGGUUAAAAAUCGUGGGCUGGUGGGAUACAAAAAUAGAUGGA